AAGCACUGCUCUCACCACGGUUCGCGUGGCACCGGGAUGGCGCCCUGGCUCCGCUUCCUCGCCGCGUCCCUGCUGCCUGCGGUCGCCGCCCGGCCGAGCGCCGCGGCGCGCUGCGCGGUGGAUCUGUGGCUCUACGAGUCGGCCGAGUGGGCACCGCCCGGGUACCACGUGCUUUGUAUCUCGGAUCCAGAUUCCUCAUCCUCAAGUACCGUGAACCUUUGGCGUGGAGGGCAUCCAGAUGAGAAGAGCACCUGGCAAACGAAGAUCAAGAGCCUGUCAGGCUUUCGAAAGCAGCUGGAGAAGCGUGCCAAGAUGGAGCAGCAAGAGAUGUGGGAGUUUUUGCCGUGGCUCCUGUCCGAUGCCUCGGGCGUCCCAGUGACCACGGUGUCCGCGCUGCGGGGUCUUCUGCUGGUCUUCGAGGGCGGCCGCUGGGUGUGGCCCGGGAUCCGCGAAGGCUUCGUGCGGCAACUACAGGUACCCAGCUCCGACACAUCGCAGGAGCUGCUCAACCUGACCUUGAAGACUCUGACCCUGGACCCGCUGGCCUUUAUCAUCGAAGACUUCUUUGACAAGCCGUCGGCACAGCGGAUGAUCGACUUGGCGGAGCCCAAGCUGAAGCCGGCGGAGAUCUUGACCGAAGACGCCCCGCAGGAGAGGAAGGAAGAAUUGGUGGAUGUUCGCACCUGCUGGGAAGCUUGGUUGUCGCCCUCGGAUGGUCCGGAUUUGGGCGAUGUGGCCGUGCGCACCGCUGCGUUGGUCCGCGUCCCAAGGGAGUUGCAGGAGCCCUUCCGCGUCCUGCGGUACCUCCCAGGGCAGCACUUUGCGGCUCAUACCGAUUACUAUGAACCCGAAGACUUUCAGAACCAGCCCGAAGUGUCAAAUGAACUCCAGCAUGGACGAAACUGGCUGGUUACAGUCUACCUGUACUUGAGCAACGUCGCAAAGGGCGGCGCCACGUAUUUCCCCAGCACCUAUGGCCGUGAACUGCCCUCUGACGUGCUGAAGUGCGAGGGUCCCUCCGUGAAGCCCCGACGAGGCCGAGCUUUGCUCUUCUACUCGUUGCACCCCAACGGAACGCCCAACUUGUCCUCGAUGCAUGGUGCCUGCAAGGUGGAGAAAGGGGUGAAGUACACCAUCAACAUAUGGACCUUCAACCAGCUGAAGCCGGAAGCCACCACGCCGAAGAAGGGCAAAGGGCACCGCAAAAGGAAGAGCGAAGAGCUCCGAUGAGCUCCGAUGAGCUACUGGCAAGUGCCUAAGGUCUAGCUGGAUCGAACAGCAGCUAAAUCACCGAAGGAGUCUUGCGAGUUCCACAAACUCCUCGAGAGGCCCCAGAUGCGGUGGAGAGAGGUGUGACCUUCUUUGGCGAAGGCCAUGCAAAAGUAAAGUUAAGCCAAGAAGCAGUGGGGCGGAGAUCGCUUGCUGGACUGCUGGUCUCGAUGUGGAUUCGGUGGCUGCCAGACUUCCAGGAUUUGGAGAAGCCAUUUUGCAGGAAUAAGAUUGGUGUUUGUCUAUUUGUUCGAAGAUGAAGCGAGCAGAUUGAGGAAGGUACAUAGGCUGACUACUGCUGCGUUUGUUGAUGUGGUGUCUUAUGUGUAGUUUCCAUCAACAUGCUGCACCUGCGUUCCUCUAAGGCCCACGUUCUCGGUCUCUCUCUUCGUGUUGUCCACGGCUGAUCAUAUGCCCACAAUGUGGCAGCAAUGAAGCUACAUCGAUGGCUCUGAAUGUCCAAGCUUGAGCUGCCUUUGCAUGGCAUGGAGAGUGCGAGACAAAAGCAUCCACUCGCAGGUCAAAAUCAU